AUGACACAUUGUGUUGACAAAGCGUCAUUAUCAUCUGAACGUCACUCAGAAUCGUUUUUUCGUAAGCAAUGGUUUAUCGUUGCUUAUAAAUACACAUUAAAUUGUAUUUAACAGUGGCGGCACUCGUUCCCAUUAUCCUAGGUUGUCUUUUAAAUAUCGUUCCACUAUUAUAUAAAAGUGUUGAUAAGAUAAUUCUCAAAGUAUAGUCAAUUUUGAGAAAUAGGUAGAACUCGUACCUGUAAAAAAAUAAAUGAUAUUUAAUGUCUAUUCUUAAUAGGUAACGUUUAAUUUAACAAUUUAACUUAACAAUAUUUCACUCUUUAAUCAACUUAUCUUAUAUGUUAUCAAUCUGUCCUAAUUAUAAUCAUUCGCUACAGUCAGGUUGAUAACAGCGUUGUUUUCUUUGAUAUCAAAUGAGUGGUGAUAUAUUGAUACGUCUAAGGUUCUCCUAAAUAAAACAACUAAUUGUAUAUAAUAUAAAUAUAAUAUUUUUAAAAAUAAAUUAGUUAAACGAAUAUUAAAAAAAAAAAAACACAAUUAAAAGAAAAAUCAUCUGAUAGGAAGAACAUGUGCGGCCAUGAAUUUAGUAUUAAUAUUAAUUUAUAAAAGAAAAUACGACAGAUUUUCAAAGUUUUUUUAACCUAAAGUGCAACUUUUAAUGAAACUCCUGUUAAAUUUUCAAAUAUUUUUGUAGAGUCUUACAAUUUUAUUCACAAAAUACUUACCAAUUAAAAAAAGAUAAAAAUUUAUUAAAUAUUUUUAUAUUAAAUAAGCUCAAUUUCAAAUAUAUAAUUUAUUGUCGUUUUUAAUAUAUAAUGUUUUUUUUUACUUUUAGAGGAUGAAGAUCAAAAUUUUGAUUGCGCUGCUGUAGCGAUACAUACAUUAUCCCACUGUUGGUGUGAGGUUAGUGUUGGGUGUAUAGUGAAGAAAAUCAUCCCAGGGAGGAGCGGCCAUUAAUUGCUUCUUGACUAUUGACACCCUGAAGAUGUACAAUUAAUACUGGUAAUGUAAGAUCAUUCAUGUCUGCUAAAAGCUUUGUAUUCCACCCAAACGUUUUAUAUAAAAGAGUGAUGUUAGUUCUUAUAGUGACAGGUGUUAAUGUUCAUUUUACUGUAAAGGCUGAGAUUGUUUUAUUGAAAUAAUAUAUUUCACUUUAUUCAUUAUGAAAAAAAAAAAAAAUAUUUGUAUACAUAUAAUUUUUACCACAAUUUAAUCGUGAAAAUUAAAUAAUUUUUUUUACCAAUGAAUAGUUGUUGGAAGUCUUCAUUUUUAGCCCCGAAAAGUUACUGCAAGUCCCCACAUAGGAAAUAGUUUAAUUGUAACAAAUGGCUUUUUCUGUUCAGUUUCACUUAAUAACAGGUUUAUUGAUUUUUAGGUAAGAAGACAUAAAAGCAAAAAUGGAAUCUUAUGGAAACUGUCUUAAUUUCCAAAGCUAGUGGAACUCACUGGUUGGAUGAUGUUGAAAAAUAACAAAAUAGUAAUACUCAUACACAUAUUUAUAUCAUACAAUAUUUUAUUUAUAUACAAUUAUUAUUUUGAUAUGUGCCUUAUGAUGAAAGUGCUGGAGGUCACUCCUGUUUUGCUGUUAAAGCUUCUAAAAUAGAAUAUAUCAGUCAACAAGAAUCUUGCUUUAGGGGUUUACACACGGAGUACUUUGUUACUUAAUUAACCUCGGGAAGGUCUGAGAUAAAUUCACUAACCUUUUAGCCAGAGGCCCUCUUGAUAAAUUUGGGCAGGAGGACCAGAAAUUAGUCCAGUUCUAAAAUUUUUGGGUCUGAGACGCCAUCGGCUGAGACUAUAAUUUUAGAACUGUUGAAAUCUCCUGUGAAUCGCAUUUUUAGUUCAAUUUGCAAGGUUCUAGCUUUAUGUUAGUAUAACUCAAUUCAGACUAAUCUCUUGUUGACUGUUAUUCUUUAAAUCUGAAGGCUUUUAUUUAAUAUUAAGUAUUAAAAGUGAUACCAUUGAAAUUUAAAUAAAUAACACUAUUUUUAAAUUGUUAUUAAAAAAGUUAUAGGAUUUGGUGAUUUUGGAUAUAAAGCUAAACGAUUAAAUCUUCUUAAGCAUCAACUUUAAAGUGCUGCUUUUGUCAUAUAAAGCCUCAGUAACUGAAAAAAGUCCACUUUUGAUUGAUAUGUGUAAUUUAUGAUUUGAAAUUGAAUAUGAUUGUCCCACAAAUUAUUUUAUAGGACUAAAGGUAAUUCAAAUAUACUAAAACAAAAUAUACACAGUAGACUACUCGUUUUGUAGUUAUUUUAUGAAUAGGGCAAACGAAUGUCUUUUUAUGUGGUUUGGGUAUUCAUAUUAAAAAAAUGGUAUAAUAUUGUGUAUUAAUAAAUUAUACAAACUUAAAUGUUUAGUAUAAAAAAAUAAAAUUCUGUUUCUAAAUAAUAAUCAUAAAUUAUCGGCAAGCAAUAUCACUAUUUUUGAGUAUUGGCCUGUUACAAUUAAUAUUUGUGAAGUGUCCUGUCAACUAUCUAACAAAUAAAAAGAUUGAUCAUUUGAUGGAAACGAAAUACUUUAAACUUCUAUAACAAUAAGUCACAUAUUAGUUUGAGUUACCCAUAUGAUUUAUCUAGUAUUUCAUUUCUUCAAUUUUGUUAUUAUCAAUUAGGUGUUCUUUAUAAUAUUUUUCAGAAAAUUGUAAAUAAAAUUGGAUGACAAUUGGAUGUGUAAACAUCUUGGGAGCAUUUGGUUACAUGUGUAAGGUUUAUUUAAUUGAAACAAUUUUAAAUAUUAUAAUUCACUUUUAAAAUAUAUAGGCAUUUCUUGAGCAAAUAUGUUUUGAAUAUAUUUAUCACUCUGUGUUUAUUUAUUAAAAUUUCAAUUUUGUCUUGUUAGAGAAUUUGUUUGUAAAAUUUUUAUUCGAUCAGUCUGUUAACUUUUAUGUUACUCAGAUAACAUUAAUAGAAUUAGAUAUAUUCAUUUUUAUUAGUUACACAAUUUAUUUCUGUUUUAGUUACUGGAACAACUAUUGUGUUUGAAGUUACCUCCUCAACAACAACAACAAAAUUCAACUCCAGUGUCCACAAUGACUUUGACCGGAAAAGUUUCGUCCAAUCAACCUUCAGCUACAUCUAAUGACAUUACUGCUUACCAUAAAGUGUAG